CGCGUCAGCAGCUGCUGCGGUGCGAGGCAGCGUCGGCCGCGUCGGCCGCGGGUUGGAGCAGUUCAGGUGCGGCCCCGCCCCGCCCGCCUGCGGCCCCGCCCCGGCCCAGGUGAGCUGCCCCGCCCCGGCCCAGAUUGUGAGAACAGUAAGUGUGGCCCAAAGAAGAACAUUUUUAAAGAAAUACAACCAUUGGGGAUGAUAGCAGAUUCACAAUGGAGGUUCCCCCAGCAACCAAGUUUGAUGAGACCUUUGCAUUUGAGAACAGGUUAGAGUCACAACAAGGACUUUUCCCAGGGGAGGAUCUGGGGGACCCUUUUCUUCAGGAAAGAGGUUUGGAGCAAAUGGCUGUGAUCUACAAGGAGAUCCCUCUUGGUGAGCAGGACGAAGAACAUGAUGAUUACGAGGGGAAUUUCAGUUUGUGCUCAAGCCCUGUUCAGCAUCAAAGUAUCCCCCCAGGAACCAGACCGCAGGAUGAUGAGCUCUUCGGACAAACCUUCCUCCAGAAAUCCGACCUCAGCAUGUGUCAGAUAAUCCACAGUGAAGAACCGAGUCCAUGCAAUUGUGCAGAAACAGACGGAGGGGACUCAGGACCUAACGCACCUCACAGAACCCCACAACCAGCCAAGCCCUACGCGUGUCGAGAGUGUGGGAAGGCCUUCAGCCAGAGCUCGCACCUGCUCCGACACCUGGUGAUCCACACUGGGGAGAAGCCCUAUGAGUGCUGUGAGUGCGGGAAGGCCUUCAGCCAGAGCUCCCACCUGCUCAGGCACCAGAUCAUCCACACCGGGGAGAAGCCCUACGAGUGCCGGGAGUGUGGGAAGGCCUUCCGCCAGAGCUCAGCCCUCACGCAACACCAAAAGAUCCACACUGGAAAGAGGCCCUACGAGUGCAGGGAAUGCGGGAAAGAUUUCAGCCGGAGCUCCAGCCUCAGAAAACACGAGAGGAUUCAUACAGGAGAGAGACCUUAUCAGUGUAAGGAAUGUGGGAAAUCCUUCAACCAGAGCUCAGGCCUGAGCCAGCAUCGGAAGAUCCAUACCCUAAAGAAACCUCACGAGUGCGAUCUCUGUGGAAAAGCCUUUUGUCACAGGUCACACCUCAUCCGACACCAGCGGAUCCACACUGGGAAGAAACCAUACAAAUGCGAUGAGUGCGGGAAGGCCUUCAGCCAGAGCUCCAACCUCAUUGAGCACCGCAAGACCCACACCGGCGAGAAGCCCUACAAAUGCCAGAAGUGCGGGAAGGCCUUCAGCCAGAGCUCCUCCCUCAUCGAGCACCAGCGCAUCCACACCGGUGAGAAGCCCUACGAGUGCUGUCAGUGUGGCAAGGCCUUUUGCCACAGCUCUGCGCUGAUCCAGCACCAGAGAAUCCACACCGGCAAGAAGCCCUACACCUGCGAGUGUGGCAAAGCCUUCCGGCACCGGUCAGCCCUCAUCGAGCACUAUAAAACCCACACCAGAGAGAAGCCCUACGUGUGCAAUCUGUGCGGCAAGUCCUUCCGGGGGAGCUCACACCUGAUUCGCCAUCAGAAGAUUCAUUCUGGGGAGAAACUAUAGAAAGAGGAGCCCACACAAAGCUUGAAAGCCUGUGCUAGAUGGAGCCCUUAUUCUACAUUGCGUGGUCUCCAAGACCCCACCUACCUCCCUGAUGCUGAAUGGAAACCUUCCCACCUAAGCGCUCUUGAACAUCCCACUAGCAGGAAGGCCCCGCGUGGCCCCCGGCCAAGCACGCCAGCUCUCAGCAGGUUUUCUGCAUGGAAGGGAAGGUGGGGUGAUAGGGAGGGCAGCCGGAAAAGACAGCUGGCCUUCAGUUUCUCCUUCUUGCAUUUGACUCCCAAGCCUACAGGAUUUCAUUUUGCCCUGUCUUCACUUUUCCCAGAAUCCAGAAGAAUAAAUGCCAAGAGGGAGAAAGUUGAAUUAAACCCAGGAAAAUAGCAGAUGAACUCUUUAAAUCAGGCUGCAGUCUGGCACUUUUAGAAGACAGAAACCACACUCACAGUCCAAAGCAGCAGAAGAAAAAUGAAUUCAAAAGUAGAUGUGUCAGCAGCAAAGUGGAAUUUUCUCACUGGGUUGGGCAUGGGUGGGGACAACCAAAACAGGUCUGCAGAGCAAAGGCAGGUCUGGAGGGUGGGUCUUGAGAUUGGGGGUGAGGGUGGUGAGCCCCUGGGUGUGGCCUCUUAACCCUCCCCUUAGCCCUAGGGCAGUUUCCCUCAGACAGCUCUGUUACAGGACGGUAGAGAUUUGAUCCUGUUGGCCAGAGGAUGUUUGACACCCGGCUGUGACUCAGCCUGGACACUGGACAUGACUGCCCUCCAGGAAUAACCCCUCCCUGAGACAUAGUGUCCCCAAGACCACAGUGUGCCUUGGACAUCAGCAGGGCCUGGGUCUAGUCUGGUCUGGCAAUGAUGCAGCCCUCCUGCCCCAGUGUCAGGGGACCUGGGAAGCUGGGUGGCUUGUUGGAGGAGGCCGUGUUCUAAUCAGAAGGUCUGGGUUCAAGUCCUAGUUCCACCCCCUCCUACCUGUGUGAGCUUGAACAAGUCCUGUAACCUCCCCAGGCUCCAUUUCCCCAUCCACGAGUUGGGGUAAUGGGAACUGGCCACGUGCCUCUAAGGGUUGGUGCCAGGCUGUCAUUCAGCGCACAGCCACUGUGAAAGUGCUUUGGCAACUAUGAGCAGUCAUGGUGACUGAGGACAGAGACCCAGAUUGACCCCUGCCCCACCCCUGUGCAUUUCCGCAGACUGGAGAGAUGUUCCCAUCUGGUUUCUGAGCAGUGGGACCUCUCACUGAACAGGGCUUUCCCUCCCUC